CCCAAAAUUUGGUCUGGAUGUCCGCAUCUUGCAUGCUGAAGAUGCGCAUGUAUUUCGCCUUCUCCUAAUUCGAACGACAAACUGAGCUGCGUCGUUCAUUAUCGCCUCUGCAUACACGAUACUUGUGUAUGCCAUCCAAACCGACUCCAUUCCUUCCACGCGACGCGCAAACACUAGAUGACCUUCGAAACCGCCUCCGCGCCUCGAGGCCUCCGAGAGAACCCACAGUUUGGGCAAACAUCAUUACCUUCUUCACGUGAACUCGGUGAGGUGGUUCCAGCGAAACUUCCAAAUGGCGCUCCAGUAGCAGCCGGUCCUGUGUUUGCCAAAUCAUGGGCGCAUUUCGUUGCUGGAGGUCUUGGUGGCAUGGCCUCCGCGACCCUGACCGCACCGCUCGAUGUACUCAAGACACGCCUGCAAUCAACAUACUACCAGCAACAUCUUGCCGCUAUGAGAGCCGCCCGAGGAUUGCCACCCAUCGAGACCAUGUCAUUUGCCCGUAGCUCACUGCUGCACGUUCGCGAAACGGGAGAGAUUCUGUGGCAGGUUCCAAAGGUCGAGGGCUGGCGCGCGCUCUUCAAGGGUCUCGGUCCCAAUCUGAUCGGCGUCGUCCCUGCUCGCGCCAUCAACUUUUACAUGUACGGAAACACCAAGAAGGCCAUCAGUACACAUUUCAACAAUGGGCAAGAAGCUGCAUGGGUUCAUCUGUGUUCUGCAGCUGCGGCCGGUAUUGUGACUGGAACUGCAACAAACCCCAUCUGGCUGGUGAAGACCCGACUACAGCUGGACAAGAGCAUCCACUCCGAUGGCCGCGGUCGCCAGUACAAGAACGCCCUUGAUUGCACAAUGCAGACCGUCAGGAAAGAGGGAUUCUUCGGACUGUAUCGAGGAUUGACUGCCAGCUACCUUGGCGUGUCAGAGAGCACGCUGCAGUGGAUGAUGUACGAGCAGAUGAAACUGGGUCUGGCGAGGCGAGCUGAGCGAGUCGCUGCGAGCGGACGCGCACCAACACUCUGGGACCAGACUGUCGAUUGGACAGGCAAGCUCUCCGCCGCUGGUGCUGCCAAAUUUGUCGCCGCUCUCCUGACGUACCCCCACGAGGUUGUCCGAACACGCCUACGACAGGCUCCUCAACAAGAUGGACGUCUGAAGUACACUGGCCUGACGCAAUGCUUCAAGCUCAUCUGGAAAGAAGAGGGCAUGGCCGCGCUCUACGGUGGACUUGUGCCUCACAUGUUCCGCGUCGUGCCCAGUGCCGCCAUCAUGUUCGGCACGUACGAGGGCGUGCUCAAGCUCCUCGGCGAGUCGAGCAACAUGUAAAGCAUCCCUCCGACUUUCUUCACUUCGCAUGUACAACAUUUGACUGCAUGGGCACGGCGUUGCAAUUGGUUCUGAGCAUAUACUGACGGCGUCAUCUACUCUGUGUGAAUAAUACCCACACAUCUUCGAUCUUAUGGAGCGUUUGUAAAUUAAAAGAUGUAUGGAAAAGGUGCUGGCUAGGUGGGACGAAGAAAGGUCAUGGAUGUAAGAGUACGAAUCGUACGAGCCAGGAAAGACAUGUAUGAACAGUAAAAUAAUGACAACCACUUUGAAUAUGGAG